CCGGACACUACAGCCAGCUGGUCUCUGAGAUAAGACACUCAGUGCUGUGUGGGGGGUGAGUGUGAGCUCUGAGCAAGCCAUGGCUUCCUGUGAAACCCCAACACAUGGAUCAGGGUAGGAUCCCAGCGAGAGCAGACUCUGCCACGGGAUGCAUGUUACGUUGCACGAUGUGUCCAUCCACUUCUCGGAGGAGGAAUGGAGCGCGCUGCACAUCUCUCAGAAAACGCUGUUUAUCGGAGUCAUGAAGGAGAACUAUGAAAAUGUUCUCUCCCUGGGAGCUCCGAUUGCAGUACCAGAACUGUUCCAGCAGGUUGGUCAAUGGGAGAAGGCAUGCAUGCUGUCCGAAACUCAGAUCCCAAGCCCUGUCUCCCAGAACAUUGAGCAGAUAGAGGAGCUGUGUGCUACUGAUCUACCUGUCGAUAAUUUAGAUACCAAUGAAAAUGAAGGAAAACCUGAGCCGGUCACUGUGUACGAUGCAUCCACCAGCCAGAGUCUUGGUCUGAAGGAACAGGUGAUGAAUAAUGAAUCUGUCCAGCAUCCUUGCUUGAAAUGCAAGCAGUUUCUCUGUCAAUGUGUAAGCCAAUCCUGGAGUAAGAAGAAGCCUUACAGCUGUAUUGAUUGUGGAAAACGGUACUCCAGAGAGUUAUUUGCCGUGGCUCACCAAAAGACUCACCUUCGCAGAGGGAUCUACAACUGCCCAUCUUGUGAAAAGAGCUUCCAAAAACCCUUCCACCUCCAAAUACACCUGAAAACCCACGAGGAGCAGAGGAUAAUCAAGUGCCCCGUGUGUGAGGAGACCUUCGUUACGAAAGGGGCAUGUGCUCGGCACAGAAGACAGGAACACGGAAGGUGCUACAAAAAAGGAGGCCAAUGUAAUAAGUGUGGAGAGAUAUUUAAAACACAAUUACAACUUAAACUACACAACAGAGUGCACAGAAAGGCCUAUCACUGCAAUAGGUGUGAAAUGCUGUUUAGCAAUAAAUCAGACUACCAAACCCACCAGCGAAGACAUGCUAGAGAAGAGGUCUAUGCAUGUAGAAAAUGUAAAAAGGUUUACUCAAGACUAUCCAGUUAUAUGAAACACAACAAAUUUUGUUUGUGUCAAAUGACUUCAAGCAAAUCUUAUGAAAACGAGGAAAAAAUCAAGUCGACAUCUAAAUCUUUACUUAUUGGUUUGAGAAAAACAGAUCUUCUAAGCGACAAUGUUAUAGAACCCUCUUCAGACAAUCUACACCUACAGAAACCAUGCAAAAUAGACUCUCGGCCGAAUGAUGACCAACCCAACGAUGGAGACAGAAAGGAGUCUCAACUGUGCUACCAGAAACCUACCAACCUCACAGAGGUACAGACUGAACAAAACAGAACGUUCAGCUCUCCUCAUGACUUACCCAAAAUUAAUCCACACCAGGAAAAAGAAUGGAAGAUUAGCCGCGAGGACAGGCUGCUUGAGCAACCAGGACCUCAUUCGGCCACCAAAACCAACAAGAUUUUUAGGUGUAAAACGUGCAAUAAUGUUUACAGACAUGAAUCCUCUAUGAUUCGGCAUCGACUUAGUCACACCACGAUUUAUGUCUGCCAGGAGUGUGGAAAGACCUUUACGAAAUUCUUGCAUAUUUACAUUCAUAGAAUUGAACACAAAAACAGAAAAUCAUUCAAUUGCAGUAUCUGCAGAAAAGGCUUUAGCUUUAGAUCUCUGCUGCGUCUCCAUCAGAAUACCCAUACUUCCCAAACAUCCAGCCAGGGUAGUGCCUAUAACGCCAAACUUGUUGUCCCCUCAAAUGUUUCAUGGCUAGGGAAUUAUUACAGAUGUUCUUACUGUGUGCUAGGUUUUAACGUGCCGCAUAGUCUCCUCUUACACCAGAAACUCCACAACGAUCGUCCAUCUAACAAACGCCCGAACCGAUUUAGUUUGGACUCCAGAAACUCCUCUGAUAAAACGUCCCCAGUCUCAAAGUGCAGCAGAAAUGAUGGGAUGAUACCACUUCGAGAGAGGACACAAAGCACAGACUACAUGAAGAUUCGAUGCAAAGCCUUAGAGUCAAGAGACCUCUUUCAGCAAUGCCACAGGUCCACCGAAUGAACCGUGAAGCAAUCUGUCUUGUACCGAACCUUCGUUAAUAAAGGUCUGAUAUUCAGCUGACCGAUUUUAUCAUUUGCCUCUGUCCAAUUUCAGGAUUUGAUUUCUACAUGUUUAAUGUGUUACACCAUGGUAUCUCUGGGGUCAUCAUAGGGAUUCCUAUCAUUUUACUUAACUGAGUUUUUAUACUCAGAUCUUCAACCUCAGAUACAAGUAAAGGAUGUUUAGUAAAAUGAAAACAAGCUCAAUAAUAAGAAAUGCAUCACUAACACAUUCUAUUGCUGAAACAAUCAAUAUAUAGUUAAUAUUUAGUAAUAAUUGGGUAUAAAAGUUAACUUCUGGUCAAACUGCUACCUUACUGGAUAGAAGCGGCCAUUGGGUGUCCAGUGGUCUCUUACAGACACACUUUAUAUAUUGUGUUAUGGAGGCACAAAUUCCGACUGGUAUUUCGGAUGUUUCCAGAAUGAUCCGUGUUACUGGUCUCUUGGAAGCCUUCUACUCGUUGGUUAUCUGCAAUGAUGGCAGAGAUUGUCCCUUCAUUCCGGUUAGAACAUCCAAUAUUACAUCCCCACGAGCUGUUAAUUAUAUUUUAUUUCAUUCACAAGUGGACAUUGUAUCAAUGCACUUUACCAAUCCACAGUAUUAAACUGUUAAAUGCUUCCCAAGGAUGACCUGUUCCUCUCACACUGUGCGAUCAGACUAAUUGAGCGGAUUUAAGGACUGGACCACAGCUUGUAACUCCUGAAACCAUUUCAGUGCUCUGCAAGUGUCCAAGUUUUCAUUUUUGUGCAAACAUCGGUUUUACCUAUUUUUGUAACUUGUUCUAAUAUGCCAGUAUGGGCCAGGACACCGUCUUCCCAGCCAUCAGGGAGACAUGUCCUCCUCCCGCACUCUACCUGCUCAGGAGAUAACUGAAGUUUUCCUUUAAAUUAAUAUAGGAAAUGGUCAUUGAUUUUUCAUAAAUUGUAAUUCAUUACAAUCAUAUAUAUAAUAUUCACAAAGUUCUGCACACGUUUUAUUCACUGUAUGUGAAUAUUGUCACGCCUGAGCUUUGUGUCUGAUCACAAUGUGACUUCUUA